AUGGCCAGCGGCUACUCGAUAAAGUCGAUGAGGUCUGCACUGUCCCGUUGGACGCGGGCCAAAGCAAAGGUCCGCGUCGCCGGGAGCUUAUGGAGGGAGCUGAGGGAGCGCAGCGGGCUCUUGCAGGCUGUCUGGAAGCUGAACCUUUUAAAGGUUCAGAGCUGGCUAAACUGUGAUCCACCCUCCAGGACGACACCAGGCCAGACGCAGGACCUGGAAGGCGGAGAUUGCGGAGGCGGAGAGGUCGCACACGAACGAGGAGGAGAGGUGGACACCGAGCCCCCGACCUCCAUGGCCACGGUUGGCUUCGGGAUGACAUGGCCAGAAGGUGCCUGGGAGCCGGCGGCAUGCGAGGCAUGCGAGGCAUGCGAGGCGCUGCCGGCCUAUGCCGACGGAGAUCGCGUGGAGUACUUCUCCCCAACCUAUGGCCUCUGGCUCCUCGCAGAGGUGAUGCUCCAGUCGGAGGCCUCGAAGCGGAAGGUGUCCUACUCUGUGACUCUCAAGGGGCGCUCGGUGCCUUGGAAGCUUCCUGACGUCGUGACAUCGUUCGCUGCGAUGCUGCGCAGCUGGCAUGGGCGCAGGUCGAGGAGUCAAGAGUGGCUUGCCGCAGAGAUCGAUGGCCUCGAGAUCGCGGUCGCCGGGCACAAAUCAUGGCUGCGGAGCUGCGUGCCGGGCACUUCCUGUCCUUUCUUUGGCCACGUGCCUGAUGGCUCGCUCAUGCUCGGUCAGGGUGAAGGCGGCCUCUGCGAAGAGAUGUCGCGCGACGAAGAGUCUGCCGCACUCACCGUGGAUCGCAAGGUCGGAGAAGCAAGACUCGUUACCAGACAGCACAGUGUGGAGCCCGUAUUUUUCACAACCAUUCGUAACUUGGCGCAGUGUUUUCUGUACAUCAAAACAGUUCAAUACCACCACGAACAGCACGAGGCAGGUCCGUCUUGGUUGUGGCUUUUGCUUGUGGGCCUUGCGACUUUGUUCGGGUUGGUCUGCCCUUUCAUCAUGGCCGCCAAGAUCUCACUCGCCUCGUUCUCGUCGAAGGUGCGCAUCUUCGGUCAAGAAGCACUGGCCAUUGCACAGGCGCAGCAGAAGUUCGCAGAAGUUCGUGGAAGUGCUGUGGAAGUAUUCCGUGGUCCGACGCGUGGCUGGAUCCCUACCACAGUGUCCGACAAAGCAGAGCGGGAUGCGACAGAAACUGCAAGCGCGCAGUCUUUCCCGUUCACGCAGAGGAGGCCGGAGAUGACGGAGGAGACGAAGGCGGAGCCGCCCCAGAAGGCGGCGGCCCUUUGCAAGGCGGCCCCUCCCAAGGAGGCCCCUCCCAAGGAGGCGGCCACCAGGCGCGCCGCCGAGGAAGGCAGAUGGGUCCAGGCGGCGCAAGAGCUCGGCGCAGAGCAGAGGCUGAUCGUAAACGCACAGGGCCUUGCAGAGGUUGCUCUCCGCAGUUCGCAAGCUCCGAGGAAAAACAAUUACAAUUGGGAGGAGUUUGCGGUGAGCGAGGACGAGACCGAGGAGGCGGGGCUACGGUGGGACAUCAGUCUCGGGGAGGGAGCUGCUUUUAUGAAGAUUCUUCGUGCAAGCAAGAGGGGGCUUAAGAACUGGUAUGAAGCGGAUGAGGCGGCACCUGCCCAUCCCAAGUCUUCCAAAUCUGAGCGGCGCGACCUUUCCAGUGCGGGGGUGGUGGGUCGCGAAUUGCAGCUUAGAGGUGCCAUGGAGGCGCCUUUGGAGGCUUUGGAGCUGGUGAAGAGCUCAGCAGGGCUUAGCGGGGGCAGGUGCGGAGAUGUGAUGGAGCCUUCCGAGGCAACGCGUGCAAGCUCCGUCCCUCCUUCUCUGGUCCUCACUCGUUCCUGUCUUGAGGAGUGCCUGGAGUGCCUGGCUGGGCAAGCGGAGCCGGCGGAGCAGGAAAUGCCGGAGCCAAGGGCGCUGGUCUCGUGUGGGAGCACCGGAGGCUCGGAGCCGAGGGAGCCCGAGCCGAGGAACCCCUUCGCCGAGUGGAGGGACUCAGGCUACGCGCUGCCAGGCACACCGGAAAGCAUCCGGAAAGCAUCCACGGGCUGGCAGAGCGGGCUCCUCUCCCCAGGAGAUGACUGGAUGUUCGGCGUGCGUGAAGCUCUCGGAGGGAAGGUCGCCAAGGCCGAGCAGCAGCAGGUGGAGCUUUCAGAACGCCUCACCGGUGCAGAGGCGGACCCUGCGAUUCUGCGAUUCUCACAGCACUUCCACGAGCGCAUGCAAGCGCGUGAGGGGCAGCUUCGCGACCGGCUGCUCGAGGAGCAGGCUGGAGAGGAAGUGGAGGAGGCAAUUGGGGGCGGAUCCCUGAAACACAAGAAAAUUGGCGAAGUCGUGGCGGCUCCCUUGGCAGCUAGACGCUAUUCGUACGAGUGCCCGCAGUGCAAGGCAACGGCGGAAUCAACCACGCGAGACAGACGCAUCAACAACCCAGGCGAAGUCGUGGCGGCUCCCUUGGCAGCCAGAAGCUAUUCCUACGGGUGCCCACAGUGCAAGGCAACAGUCGAAUCAACCACGCGAGACGGCCGCAUCAACAACCCGCGGAAAUGUGGACACCAAUUCACCGUCGCUGCAGGCGAAGUCGUGGCGGCUCCCUUGGCAGCUAGACACUAUUCGUACGAGUGCCCACAGUGCAAGGCAACGGUCGAAUCAACCGCGCGAGACGGACGCAUCAACAACCGGCGGAAAUGUGGACACCAAUUCACUGUCGCUGCAGGCGAAGUCGUGGGGGAGAGGGUGAUGAGAGCUGUGAGAGCAGGGGUCUGGGUGGGAGGUGGGGGAGGGGCGGAGUCGAUGCUCUCCGCCACCAUGUGCCUCAGGGAAGGGGCAGGGGAGGAGGAUGAAGCAGAGCGAAAGAAGGCGGGAGGGGAGCGAUUGGAAUUUCGGGAGGGGUGGGGGAGAAUUGGGGGCGGAUCCUUGAAACGCAAGAAAGAUGGGUCAGGAACGGAGUGGGGAUACAGGAAGGAGAGGAAGUGGGAGGGAGGAGGAACGGAGUGGGGAUACAGGGAUGGGGGAUGGGUAAGUGGAGAGGGGCAGGGGGAGGGGUUGGUGGUGGGAGGGUGCUGGAGGAGGUGGAGUGGAAUGGUUGGGAAGGGGAAGGGUGGUGGGGAGGGGGGGCAGGGGAAGGGGUUGGUGGCCCAGUGGGUUCUGUUGUACAGUGGGAAGUGGCUGGAGAAAAAGUGGCAGGGGAGGAGGGUCUUCACUGACGCCGCCCCGCUGUUGCUGGCGUCGGCGGAUAAGGAACGGGCAAGGAUCGCGCAAGAGACCUACGAGGAGCUGGCGGAGCGGGUGGAGCAGGCGCAGAUCGCCCGGGGACUCGGACGAACCGCGCGCAGGGAGGAGAGGGACCUCGCGUUGGGGGGCAAGGACAGCCGUGAGGAGCUGGAGAAGCAGAUCGAGGAGAUGCGAGAAGGGCAGCGGAAGUUGGAGCUGGAGCUGGCGGAGUCCCGGGCCAGGGAGGCCGAACGGGCAGGGGAGCUGAAGGAGAAAGAGGCAGAACUCAUCACCGUCCGAAGGGAGAAGGUCGUGCUCACGAAGGAGCUCGCAGACGCCAAGAAGCGGGAGAAGGAGCUCGCGGCGCAAAGGGCCGAGCUGUUGGAGCAAGCACAGCAGCAUAUCCUGGAGCUCACCAGCGUCCGCCCGGCUGCUGCUGUUUGCAACUUCUGUACUCAACCGCAGUGGUUUGUUGUGGCUUUUAUCUUUGCGAACAGACGGUUCUGCAGUGCUGGCUUUGGGGAGGGGUCGCCUUCGUUGGAGUUUGAGCUUAAGGAUGAAGCUGGUGAGAUCCUGGCCGACCUGGACUUUGAGGCACGCAGCGGCAGCCCACUAGACUAG